AUGUCAGACAACAUACCUUACGAAAUUCAAGCAGAAAUCAUCAAAAGACUUCCUGUGAAGUCACUGGUUCAAUUCAGAUCCGUCUCCAAACAAUGGAAGUCUUUGAUCGACAGCAGUGAGUUUCUUGCUGCUUACAAUAUCUACCACAAUCAGCCUCAGCGUUUAAUCGUAUGGUAUGAAUAUCCAGUAGACACCGAGGAAAAGUAUGUUUCAUUUGUUGAUGAUGAAACUUUCGCCAAACAAGGGUUCGCUGUGAGUCUUCCUGUUCUCGCUAAAGUACUUAGCGACUCACGUGUGGUUGGUAGCUCUCAAGGAUUGUUGUGCUUGUAUGGCUAUUAUCGAGUUCCAGGUCAUUCUCGUCACAACUCUGUAAGACAGAUGGCUGUUCUUUGGAAUCCUUCAAUCAGAAAAUCAGUUGGUGUAGCUGUGCCUGGUGUGUUACGUUGGGGGCUUGAAACCAUUCUUGGAUUCGGGGUUUGUCCUAUCAGAAGCGACCCUAUGAUUGUGAAGAUUACACAGGUUAAUCUAAACUGGGAAAUUAGAAGUAGGGCUAGCGUCCCUUGGGUGGUUGAAGUUUUCUCAUUGAGUAAAGGUAGUUGGAGAAUUCUUUCUAGUAAUCUGCCUAAUAAGUCGAUGAAAGUUACAUGGUCUGAGGUAGUUAUAGACAGGUUUAUUUUUUGGUUUGCUUUUGACAAGUUGGUUGCUGCUGAUGGUGGUUUUUCCACAAAAAAUAUGAUAAUGUCAUUUGAUAUGACUACUGAAGAAUUUAUAGUGGUAGAUCUACCUGAGAAUUUAGCAAACCAGUCUUACAUGAAUUUGUCCAUCUCUAAGAAUUUGUUUAAAAAGCUAUUCACCAUUAAUGCACCAUAUGCAUCAAUAAGGGUACUGGGAUUUACGAAAAGUGGUGAACCUAUGAUGGAAGUGAAAGAUUAUUACAAAGAAGCAGCUGCACUUGUUGUCUAUCAACCCAGCUUGGGAUACAUCAAUAAUAUUGGGAUUAGUGGAAAUUAUGGUUCAUUCUUCGUUGGCUAUUACAUGGAAACCCUACUUCUGCUUGAUCAGGCAGAUUGUAGUGUUUAUUCUAACAUUCACAACUAA